ACAAUAUUUGAGCAACUUAUAGUAAACAAGACCGCAAUAUUCUUCAAAUUUUGACUUUAAGCUUGAAAUAAGUCACAUAAAUUAGUAAAGAUGCCAUCCUACGAAGCUUUAGUUAUAUUGCGACAAAUGCCAAGACAAGAAGUAAUAACAACUCUUAAAAGAACAGCAGAAGCGAUAUUUAGUAAAGGAGGAUUCAUCAGAAAACUCGAUAAUUUGGGCCAUCGUACACUUCCUUUUAGAGUUUUCGAACAUGGAAUAAUUCACAAAACUGGAACUGCUUUUAAUAUCACAUUCGACUCUCCAUCUAAAGUCGUAUUCGAUCUGAAUGAAGAGUAUGGUCGUGAUGUUGAUAUCGUCAGAUCUAAUAUAUUCAAAGCUGAAGAACCUGUAAAAAUCAAAUGCACUCUUCAAGAGGAACUUCAGCCGCCAGCUUACAGAAAAGGAGUCAUAAGAAUGUUGAGAAUAGCAAGAAAAGGACAGAAGGAAAAAUAUCCACUAAAUACUGGAUUGAAUUAUUAUCCGUUCCAAAAAUAAAGUCUCACCAUGUGCAUUUGAUAUUAGUAUAAAAAUGUGUAAUAAAACAUGAAAAAU